UGAGGGACAACUGGGAGUCUUGUUAAGUAGGAUAAAGAAAAAAAAUUGUUAAAAGACUGACUUCAGAGCCAAGUAUUCGUCACCACAACUCAAGGGCGUGACCAAAUGAAAGGGGGAGCAAGGCAACUGCUCCUGUUUCUAGCAGGAUACUCUGUGGGUUUUGUUUCGUUUGUGUUAUUCUCAGACGUCACCAGAGUCCACGUGGGAAAAAAGGUCUCGCCAAUAGUUGUGCAAUCAAAAACAAACACAAUGAUGGCAAACAACAUCCCUUAUAUUCUAAGGGAAGACUUUCUUAAGAGCAAAUUGACGAAAUGUAAUUGUACGGAUGGAAAUACACUUAAAGUAAACUCUCAGGCCAUUGACCCCGAGGAACUGAAGGAAGUGGAAGAUCGACGGAAAGCAGAACUGCAAAAAUAUAAACGCAGAAAAGAGUCUUCCAAAGAGACCUUGUUAAUCGUGAACGGAUCCGUACCUCUCAGUUACCCAGCACAAGGAGUUGUCGUGGCCCCGCAUGAACCAGUAUAUAUCCCAGGUCUCAAAGUUGCGGAUGACACCGUGCGUAAUGACUACGAGGUUCAACUAUUGUCGGCCGAAUUCGGGGUGUUGGACAUUGCUGCGACAGUGCCCAAUGUGAAUGUCAAUGGCCAGGAGACUACGUCACUGACCAUAAGUAGUACGUCUCUGUCACAUCUCAACCGUCAGCUAGAGUUUGUGGUAUAUAUCAGCACCGUCUUCGACAUAGAUGCCAGGGAAUAUGUGCACUUUGUUUAUAUGCAGCACAAAGCAAUCAUCCCUAUCAUUAUUCGUGUAAGGAAGCCACCAAUUCUCUAUGAUACUGGAAAAGCAGGUGACAUAAACGACAAAGUUACAGCCAUCACCAAGACCUUCAAGAGGUAUUCAUCAGUGAGACUACUUCUCCGUAGCAUCCAGAAAUACUACCCCAGAAUGCGAGUAGUCGUAGCAGAUGACAAUAAACCUAUCGAAGACUUACAGUCAGAACAUGUGGACCAUUACGUCAUGCCUUUUGCAUCGGGUUGGUUUGGUGGAAGGAACUUGGCGGUUUCCCAGGUGAUCACCCCUUACCUUUUAUGGCUGGACGAUGACUUUGUCUUUACUGAGGAUACGAAACUUGAGAUAAUGGCGGGAGUCCUUGACAACAGCAAUUUGGACGUGGUUUCUGGCAUAGCUGGGGAAAUGAAUCUCGUUACCACGAGGAUGGAACUGAUUCCAGGGAAAGACGAUGAUGAUGGCUAUUGCAUCCAUCACAAGUCAGGCAAUUAUGGUCAAGUACCCGGAUUCCCAGACUGCUAUCUCACAACUAAAGUGUACAACUUCUUUAUGGGCAGAUCUGACGAGAUCCGCUCCGUAGGGUUUUACCCGGCGUACUCCAGAUACGCCGACAGAGAAUUUUACCUGGAAGCAUUGGGAAGGCUUCGGAUGGCUGCUUGCAAGGGGGUCCAUAUCGGCCACAACAAGACAAGGAGCCCGGAAUACAACAGAUACCGGGCCGGUCGUGACCAGGAGGAAAACUAUAAAAAGUACAUAAUGAGGGUUAAUUACUUUAGGAACAACGCAGACUGUUGGCAUAGGUAGUGUCAGUUGGAGAUUUCAGAUGUCUGGGCACUGACUUCAACUAGAGGUCCAAUUAUCAUUCAGGCAUUCCCAACUUUAACUAAAAAUCAAAC